AUGCUUACUAUAGCAAACACAGUCAAGUUUGCCAUUCGGUGUAUACUCAGCCACAUCCUAUUCGUCGUCUGCAUCAAAAUCACCGUAUUUUUGGUCGGUCAGCUGCCGGGAAAGCCUUUUAUCGUCUAUGCCUGGUUACAUGUUCUACUCCGAGGGCUAUGGUACUGCCAAAAUCUCUAUGAGAGGAGCCAGCGCAAGUCCGUUACCUGGGAAGAUUUCGCAUCUCUCGACAAAAGGGCUAGAAAAUUAGAGAAAGAAUCCGCGGCCAAUAUAGAGAAGCUUAAGGAGCUCAAGGAAAAAGUGGCGGAAUUAAGGUCUUGGGUCAUGGUUGAUAAGAUUGCUAGUGAACUUGGGAUACUCGACGAUCUUGGAAUGGACGAUAAGGCGAAAAUCUCUCAGUCCAACGAGCUUUCGGCACACCAAGUCAUCGAGACAUUUCACCGCUAG